AUGGGAAAUGCCGAUUCGAAAGCGACGACUAGCCUUGCCGAAGCAGAAACGGUCCCGACCGGUAUCGGACGCAAAGAAAGUUGCUUGAGAUCGUUUAACGACAGUUUCGAGGAAACGAAGAAUACAGCGGCAGAUCCUAUUCACCCGAUUAGCGGCAGAUCCGAUCGCAAGGAAACGGCUCAAGCACGGGAUGACGAAAUUUCGUCGCAUAUUACAGACGACCAGGUUCACGUAAACUUGGCCAUGGCCGACCUAAUGGCCUACCUUCAAGUCGUCGCCAACAAUAGCAGUCAUUUGCCUUUAACGCGUCGCGAUGAUCCAGAUCUGGAUCGAAUAGAAGGUAGCCUGGCGUCGGAAGAAUACGGCAAGAAAAGUGCCGCAUUUAUCCCUUCCGACGUGCGAGUCAUUGCCGGUGUCUUUACUCGAUACGGCCGGGUUUGGGAUUUACCUACGAGCGAGGAAUACAACGCGGUCGACGGAAACCACGAACCAGGAAGGUCGUACGGCGGAGCGUGCUGCAAUGCGCUUCUGAAAGUCCUGUACGAUGCUGCGAACGAUCAUGUCGAUGCCUUUCAUGCAGUAGCUGCUACCUCGGCUUCAAUUUUCGACGACGACGAUGAAGAAGAGGAUCUCUAUGCCGGCAUGGGACAAUCGUACAAGUCCGGCUGUUCACUAGAGUACACAAACCCAUAUUCUGUAACAAUAACAUGGUGCGACCUGCUGCGAAGAAUGAAGGCUGAAAUGAAAGACAUUGAACAUGUGCAGGUACCGAAGAUAUCAACAUCUCGCAAAAUUGAUCUCUCCAAGCCGUUUUCACUCAUUCCGUCGAACUUCGAUCCAAUAAACGGACAGAAACGAUCUCUUUUGAUUGGAUGCAACUAUUCAGAUAUUCCCGAAGCCCAGUUGAAGGCCAGUCAUGAUGAUGUGCGCUCGAUUAAGGACUACAUCGUUAACGUACAUGGCUUCCCCGAGGCGUGUGGUCUCAUGACUGUUCUUAUGGACGACAAGAAUCACAAAAAGCCAACAUUUUUGAAUAUCGUUGAAGCUUUCAAGGCCUUGUCGGAAGAGGCCCAACCCGGCGAUGCUAUCUUUAUACAAUUCUCUGGACAUGGUGGCCGCGUCCUCGAUUCGCAUAUAGACACCGAAGCUGAGAGUUACGACGAAGUUCUUGUUCCUUGUGACUACUUGCAGUCGGGUCUAAUUCGUGAUACUUUGAUUUUCAAGACGCUGCUGGCGCCGAUGCGAUACGGGGUAACGGUGACGAUACUUAUAGAUUGUUGCGACAACGGAAUGGUAUUGGAGCUACCGUACUCAUGGAGUACGAAAGGAGAUCGACGGAGUUCGCAACCGAAGCUUGCUUUGAACGAAGAUUUUAGUUUCAAGCGGUUUUUGAAGGUUGUCAGAACACUCUAUGAAUCCUCUAGUUUCACACAACUAGGGAGAACAGUGGAUAUCGCUCUCAACCCCAUGAAUGCAACUUUCAAGUCUACAACCAUCACAAAUGACGAGUCAUCAGUCCUUUUCGAGCAACCUGAAAAGGCUGUUAACGCAGCGUCAAGAUCUUCGAUACUCGAUAAUUUUUCACUAGCGUGUAGUACGAAAACACUAUCAACCCCAAGAGGUGAUGGCGACGGCGGCAUUGUCAACAGCACUGGUCUUUCUGUGAUGAAACAUUAUUCACUUACAAAGCAGUCACUUUUGCAACAAGUUAUGAACUGCACGCUAUUGAGUCCAGAGGUUGAUGAAGACUUUUCGUUCGACGAAACCUACCAGACGCGGACCGAGGAUCACAAUACCUUUGACGAGGAAGACCGCAGUGUUGGCUACAACUCGUCAUUUCGCUCAUGUGUUACAGAGUACGAGGAGGAAUCACGACGCCGGGGGCGACGUAGGAGGCGGUAA